AUGUUCCUAUCUUUGCUGAUACUAAUUGUUGUUGCCUGGGGCCUUGGCGCCCUGGGCCUCCCUCUCUAUCGGAACUGGUCCCUUGCUCAGCGAUUAAAAGUCCCCGUGAUCGUUUCUCCUAUACACCACGGACAAAUAUGGGGACACCUACAGACACUUUUGGAAGCUAAACUACCUAUUUCUUGGCAGAGGAUUUUUCCUUUUGUUCGAAUCUUACGGCCACAAUGGGUGUUCCGGGAAAAGCAUGCCAUCUUCGAAAAGUAUGGUAACGUGUUUGCAAUCGCCACUCCAGCUGGCUGCGAAAUAUACGUCGCCGACUCAAAAGCUGCCAGUCAGAUUCUCAUGCGGAAGAAAGACUUCCCUAAGCCUCUUCACUUUGCAAGAAAACUUCAAAUAUUUGGGAAAAGCUUAGCUACUGUAUGUUGCCCCACCCUGCUGAAGACCGAUCCUUCACCUAUGAAAUCGAUUGAUGGGUAUGUUGAACAGGUCGAUGGCGCAGACUGGAACCGUCAUCGCCGAUGUACCGCUGUAGCGUUCUCGGAGACAAUUCACGAAGCAGUGUGGAAGGCAUCUUGUUCUGAAGCAUCUGACCUCUUGAAACUCUUCAAGUCUCAGGAUUCUACUUCCAGUACUCAUCCUAAUAUGAUACGAUUGAGCUUUGCAAUUCUCCUGAAAGCGUGCCUUGGCCUAGACAACGACAGUAACAAUGCAGACGCAGCCAGUCCGAUCACCGAUACCGCGAUGAAGCAGCUCGAAACCUUUUUCAAUAUGAUUUCGAGAAACCCCGAGGCUCGAAAGGGUGGCCAAAAGUCCCGUGAUAUCUUUCAUGCAAGCUAUCAAGAUCUCAAGCCCAUCAUGACAGGCUUGGUGAAUUAUCGAAGACACCACCCGUCAUCAAAAAUUGAUCUCCUUUCUUCCAUGCUAAGCUUACAUGGUGCCCAAAUGCUGUCCGACGAAGAAAUAGAAAGCAAUCUGUUCCUUUUCAUGUUCGCCGGUCAUGAAACGACCGCCAACACACUGGUCUACAUAGUUUAUCUUCUGGCUAUCUUCCCUGAAUGGCAAAACUGGGUCAUUGAAGAAAUUGAUGAAAUAUUCUCUGGGAUGCCGUUGGAUAAUGAGAUUUCAUACAAGGAUAUAUUUAAUCGAGUUACUCGGCUAAAAGCAAUAAUGUACGAAACUCUACGACUUUACGGCCCAGUCGUGAAUCUUCUCCGAAGGGCAUCUCCCGAUCAAGACCAGGCCAUCACCAGCUCUGACGGAUCAGGUAUUCUGAUCCCGGCUAGUACUCUGAUCAACAUUCUUACGCCAGCGUUACACACAAAUCGAGAUUAUUGGGGCUCGGACUCUGUCUCAUGGAAGCCAGAUCGAUGGUUGAGUAAGGAGAACCUCGACAGUGAAAAGGUCGACCACCUUUUUGCAUGGGCUGAAGGCCCUCGAGCAUGUCCGGGAAGGAAAUUCUCACAACUCGAGAUAUCCGCCGUCAUUGUCACUCUACUGCGUCAGACUUCGGUGCAGAUUGUACCAAGGCCGGGUGUAAGUCUUGAAGAAGCCAAAAUGGAGGCCUUGGAGGUGUUGCAAAAUAGUCGGUCUCUCCUUACAUUGCACAUAGAGCGGCCGGAAUUGGUUCAUAUUAAAUGGUGCCCGCGGUAG